AGACCAGGCUGGUCUCAAAUUCUCAGAAAUUCGCCUGCCUCUGCCUCCCAGAGUGCUGGGAUACAGGUGUGUGCCACCAUGCCCACCUGGAUCAAUUUUUAAAAUUCAUCUUAUUUCAUAUAUGUGGGUACCUGUGGAAGCUAAAAGGGGGGCUGUGGUCCCCUUGGAGCUGGGCUUACAGGUGUUUGUGAACUGCCUGAUCUGGGUGCUGAGACCAAACUUGGGUCCUCUAGAAGAGCAAUAAGUGCCCUUAACCACUGAGGGUCUCUUCAGCCCUAAAGUUUCUGGUUUGUUUUUUGGAGACAGUCUCUCUGUGUAACUCUGACUGGAGUUCACCAUGAAGACCUGGCUGGCUUUGAACUCACAGAAAUCCUCCUGCUUUUGCCUGCAGAAUGCUUAGAUUUAAAGGCAUGGGGGUUCUGUUUGUUUGUUUGUUUAUUUUUAAGAUUUUAAGGUAGGCUUGGUGGCACAUACCUUUGGUCCCAGCACUCAGGAGGCAGAGGCAGGUGGACCUCCGAGUUUGAGGCCAACCCGGUCUACAGAGCAGAGUUCCAGGACUAUACAGAGAAACAGACGAUUAAAUUUUAAUUAUGUGCAUGCAUCAGUGUGGGAGAAUGUGCUGUUGCCAAUGGAGGCCAGUGGCACUGGAUCCCCUGGAACUGGAGUUACAGGCUUUUGAGAGCUACUUGAGGUGCUGGAAUCCUAACUCUAGAUCAGAGCUCAGCAAUCACUCCUGCUGAGUCAUCUCUCCAGCCCCAUGGCUUUUACCGUUACAAAUAAUGCAGCGUAGGGCUUCAGGUGUGGUACAGUGGUGGAGUGCUUACCUGGCAUGUGUAAGGCCCUGGCUUGGAUCAACAGCUACACACACACAAACACACAAUCACAGGUAAAUAAAUAAAUAGUGAACAGACAUCAGUAGGAAACAUAGGAAAUUCUUUUGGGGGGGAUAUGGAAGAUUUAUUGGAGGUGGGAAAAGAGACACGGUGAGGUGGGGAGCAGGAGAGAAACUGAGGCAGAGAGAAUGCAAGAGAAGAGAGCUGGGAAAUUCGUAUGUGUCUUUGCAACUUGGUGCAAGCAUCUGUGCAGCUAAUUCCAGGGGAACUGCUCAAAGGGAGUCUCUGGCUUCAUAACAAGAGCCUGACGCCUGCUUGGAAACGCCUGCUUGUAGGUGACUUGUAAUCGAUGAGGCUUAUAGCCUCAUUUUACAGAGGGGGAUCAAUGCUGGUGCCUGCUGUCACCUUAUUCCAAAGCCUGCUGCCUCGCAGAAGUUCCUAGAAGGCAGCCCCUACCAAGCUGUUCAAAGUAGAAAGCCGGGUCCAUUCCGCUCCCCUCUGGAAGGAAGAGGUAACUAAGGUGCAGCAAAGUUUCGAGAAGAAAUAGGUCUUGGUGGUUGCUGAGCACUAAGGAUGGGCAAGGAUUUUAUGCAAUUGAUUCUUGGAUCUUUGCUCGAAAAUGUGACGGAUACAAGCUUGCAGAGGCGUAAGGUACUUUCAGCCACUUAUAUAAAAGACCUAGAGGAGCAUCAGUACACUGGGACCUGUCAAUGUCACCAGCGCGGUGUGGGACUAGCAGCAGUCCCAGCUCCAUUGGUUCCUGCCCUGGCCUUCCCCUCUCCGUAUUGGUAGGAUCCCUGGUGAGCAGACUGUGGCUCCCAGUCGCACCUCCAACGCUGAAGCUGUAUGUACACAUAAUUUAAGAGUGACGGCAUUAUGUAUGUCUGUGCUGCCAAGGAAGGCACUUGCGUUUGUGUUGGCUCCCUGCAGCUCUCGUGGUGCCCAAGAAUAGAUCAAAGCACCAGGGACCUGGAGCCAAGGAGAUGGGUUAGAUGGUGUGCCAGAGAAAGGUACCGAGGAAGGCUCAAGAGCGGAGGACUCGUUAACAAGAGACGGCUUUGGUACUAAAAGCCUGAACUGUGUGGAUGGGAACCCGAUGGAAGAGAUGGUAUAGUCAGCUCAGGGCUGUUCAGAUACAUACGUAGGCUAUUUUGUCGGCACGCUGUAUCUGUGACAGUAAUAAGAUAAAGCUGUGAGGAGGAUGGUUCCUCAUCAGAUUGGGAGUGUAUUUAUAGCUCAUUUCCUAAUCAUAUAAUUCAAAUGGAGUAGUAAUAAUACAGUAAUAGCUUUAACAGUCUUGUCACUUAAGUGUGUUUAGGAAUGACAGGUUUCUUUUUCUUUUCUUUCAUGUAUGAGGUACGGGGUACAUUGUUGAAACAUCUGGCAUCGAGUUCUACUUAUAUGCUAAAGAAAAGCCACAAAUGCAGAUUUUUUAUUUAUAGUCAUUCUCUCUCUCUCUCUCUCUCUCUCUCUCUCUCUCUCUCGGGUAUGUGUGUGUGUAUGCAUGAAAGAGAGAUGUCAGAUAAGUUAUUCAUCACAUCAAUCUUAUUUUCCCUAGAAUGUAAGAUAAAUCCACCUCUUACCUUAGGCUCUGUUCAGCAUCUUUACUUUUAAGAGCCAAGCAAGUAAGAGGGCUACAAGUUACCAAGACGCUCUGUAUUGCUGUCAUUUCCACUUGGAUCUCUCAUUUCCCAAUGCUGGCUUGUCUGUCUGUCUGUCUUGCUAUGUAGCCCAGCCUGGCUGGGGACUUGCCAUCCUCCUGCUUCAGCUACUCAGGCCCAGGGAAUAGGCUAUCGCGCCUGGCUCCAGGUGCUUUCUAAUGAGAUAGCUGUGACCCCAGCCUCAUCCGGAUCAGCCUUCUUCUUUUCCUGAAAUGACUGCCACCCCUCAGGUCUGCUGGAUCUGAAGCAGUCUGCUGCCUGAGGGACAUGGAUUUCUUCUACCUUGUUUCAAGUUCAAAGCUGUAGGUCUAACUUAGAACCUCCAUGUGGCUAUCAAGACCCUUUUCAUACACCUGCCAGAUGAAAAAUGCUAAAUCAAAUUCAUUUUGGUUUUUGAGAUGGGGGUCUCACAUAGCCCAGGCUGACCUCAGGCUCCCUGUGUAGCCAAGGAUGGUUUUGAGAGUCUCAUCCGACUGUCUCUCCCUCCUAAGUGCUGAGAUCACAAUCUUGUUUCACCAUGUCCAAACCCCGGGCCUUGCGUAUACCAGGCAAACGCUCUACAAAUUGACCUAUAUCUUCAGCCCUUCGAGCACAUAUGUGUGUGUGUGUGUGUGUGUGGGUGCGUGCAUGUGUGUGUGUGUGUGUGUGUGGGUGUGUGUGGGUGCGUGCAUGUGUGUGUGUGUGUGUGUGUGUGUGUGUGUGGUGCCUGCAGCAGGGUCCCCUGGAGCUGUUUUGAGUGGGUGAUCUGAAAUGUGCUGGGAAUUGAACUCUGGUCCUCUGCAAAUCAAGAAGAGCUCUUUUUUAAUUAUUUAAUUUUAUUUUAUGUACAUUGGUAUCUGGACUGCUUGUAUGUCUGUGUGAGGGCAUUGCAUCCCCCGGAACAGGAGUUACAGACACUUGUGAGCUGCCGUGUGGGUGCUGGGGACUGAACCCGAGUCCUCUGGAAGAGAAGCCAGUGCUGUUCACUGAGCCAUCUCUCCAGGCCUCUAAUUGAACUCUUCAACCACAGAUUAAACAGUAUCUGGAUUUCCAGUUUUAUACUUCUUAUCACUGACUUUUAAAUCUACAGACUUAACAUAGAGUCAGAUCUGUUUUGUGCCCCAAGAGUUUAUUCCUUGUCAAGACUUGGUGGAGCAAAUCUAGACUAGAGAAUCUUAGGAAGGUAAAGUACAUUCCUAGAAAAACUAUCCCCAAAUGGACAUCUGAGCUUGGCCCUCCCAGAGAUCACUCAGGAAAGAAAGGGGAAGGGGUCCUGUUCUUCCACAUGACUGAAGCUCCUGAGAUCUGCGCUAGGAGAGCCUGGAGGAGGCUGAGAUGUAGUUUUUUUUUUUUUUUUUUUUUUUUUUCUUUUUAGAAUCUCAGUUCUCAAAAACACCCCCAAAGUCGCCGGCCCUGGGCUGUGGAAGCCACACCUUGUGUGCACAGAGAUGUACUUGUGCGCUGUAUUUCACCCGAGCAGACGCCUUCCCUUUCCAGAGUGUGGACUGUGAGCCAGUACCGUUUGCUCCGAAUGUGGCUGGAAUGGGGAGUGCCCUCUCCACCCCCACUUCACACGAGCGAGGGGAGCAGACCCUAAGGAACACCUUAAAGAAAUCAGUAACCGGUUGCGCGGUUGCGCUUCCGGUGUGAGAGGUCAGGAACGGCAGGGGUCUGGGCGCUCUUUACCUGUCAGCUCCAGCUGACUCUCAGCGUGGCCUCUAUAGGUCUGGGGUCCUGCUUGGCCAAGUUGUUUCUGUUUCUUCCCACACCCGUAAUUUUCUCUCUAGCCAGGUGUGGCUCCCGAGGCAGAGGUGGGCGGAUCUCUGCGAGUUCAGUGCCAGCCAAGCCUACACAGUAAGUUCCAGGCCUGUCAUCUGGAACUACCCAGGGAGACCCUGUCUCAAAAUAAAAUGUCUUUUUUUUUUUUCUCCAAGUGACCCACUGCGAUUCUGUACGGUUAUGCAUCGUGCUCUUCUAUUUGAUUUUCAGGUAUGUGGGGAGGCCGGCAUGGGCACUUGAAUACAUUUUGCCCGCAGAAGCAAGAGCUCCCUCAGGACCUGGUGGUUACAGGUGGUUGUGAGCCGCCUGAGAGGCUGCUGAGGAUCGAACUCCGCCUCCUCUGGAAGAGAGCCCUCUGGAAGCAAGCUGCUCACCGCCGAGCCAUCUUUCCAGCCCCGAAACCAGUGGUCCUCCACCUUCUUCUCGCGGUCCUCCUGCCCUGCCUUAGUGAUCCCUCCACCCAGGCCCUGAUGUCAUUAUGCAGCGGGGCUGCGUCCGGGGCGGAAGGACGGAGGUCUCUUCCAGGCGGCGGGGCAGGGGGCUGGCAGGUGGCUGGCUGCGUUCGCCCCGCCCCGGGCCGUAGCCCCGCCCCGCUGCUCCGCGCGCAUUGGCGAGGCCGGCUGUCUCUCUCGGCGCUGGGGAGGGGGCGCGCGGCUGCGGUCCCUCUGCAGAGGGCUGCGCGCCUCCGGAGCUCCCCGUUGUUUGGGCCCGUGCGCCUCGACUUCGGGAUCAGGGAUCUGGGUAAGUGGAGGCAAGAGCAGAGACCCUGGGUCGGGAUCGGAUGCACUGAGCCCCUGGUGACAGACAGCGGCAGACCCCGGGUCCCGGUCAUCAGAAGGCGAGGAGCACGGGCUGCAAGGUCGCUUGAUCCUCAGGAGUCUCAAGGUGGGUGACCCUGGGCAGUUCUGCCGCCCCCUCCCUUCGCACACGGUGUAGCUGGUACCCUGGCCCGGCUUCUUCAAGGCUUUUUGAGGGGAACUGUGGUUUGCAGCUCCGGGCUAUGAUAAUUCUGCAGAUAGCUUGAAGCUGGGCUAUCUGUUCCACGCCCCCGGUAUUUUCCUUUCUGAGCACUUUAUCCGGAGCUCUGUCUCCUGCCACAGCGGCGUCGAGUCUGGAGAGUCCUCCCUCCAGGAGGAAGCUUCGCCGUUCGGAGUCCGGCUCUGUCCGGAUAGUGAGCAGCUCUUUGCUGCUCACGGAGGAGAAGGAUGGUGGUUGUUUUCUGUGGCCUUAGACAUGGGAUUCUGCCAGGAAAGGACAGCAGGGACUUUAAGGUUUCCAAGGCAAUAGAGCUCCUCUCGAAGGUAAAGAAAGGCUAACCAUUUGCAGUCUUAACACUGCAAAGUUUUACAGCCUGAAGGCUGCGUCCUUUCCCUGCCUCGCGUACACUUGUUGGGGUGUUGCUGUCUAUGGUGAUGUACAUUAAAAGAAGCCUCUGGUGCAAACAUCUAGGCCGUUCAGGUUAGUUUCAGAUACUAUCCGGAAUAUGCUGUCAUUUGAAUAUUUCUUCUAUCAAUACGCACAUCCUCUGCUGAGAAGGAGUGCUCGCUGGAGCUCUGAGAACACUUGGAGCCAUUAAGACUGGGUUCUAGUGCUUACACAGCGUGUGAGGAGAGACUGUAAAUGUUACCUUGAUUCUAUCACUAUUCUAGAAUUUUGUUUCUGCGCCGACAGAUGAGGCAUACAACAUUUACCUUUAAAAAAAAUAUUUCCUUAGAUCUUGAAAUGAUUUUUUUCCAGGGUUCCAGUUCUACAGAGAAUUAGGAGCUGGUACUUAAAUGAAAGCUCGGUGAAGAAUGUACAUGAAAAGCAGACUAAGGAAGGAGUCCCUUUGCCAAACCCAGGACACCUGUCACCUAAAAUUCAUGGGGCUGUUGUCAGCUAAUCACCCCAGGUCCCCAUUCUUUAAGCCAUGCCAUUCUAUGGAUGAUUAUUCUUUGGUGGCACUGGGGAUCAAGUCCAGCAUCUUGUGGCAUGCUAGGCCAUUGCUGUCACCAAGCUAUAUGCCCAGACCAAAAGCUUAGUUCUACACUUUUUUUUUUCCUCUCUUGAGACCUGGUCUCACAUAGCCAAUGCUGGCCUCAACUCCCUUAUAGCUGUGGGUGACCUCCAUCGAUUCUCUUGCCUCCACCUCCCACUUGCUGGAAUUACAGCCUUGCACCACCACAACCCGCCUCAGCUUAGCAUCUUAAAGCUGUUCACUCUCUCAUGGAGACAGGCAGUCUUGGGUUAAAUCUCAGCACUGUCGCCGCCUGCCCGGGAGCUUGGUAGUCUCAGGCAGGCUGCUUAACUGCAGAUGGAGACAUCACCACCUCCUCACUCUGGAAAGCCGGGGUGCGGGUUAGAGAUGCAUGUGAAAGUGCUCAGCGACGCCGCCGCACACAGGAGAGUUGCGCAACCAACGCUGGCUGUUUUAUCGUCACUCGCUCGCCUCCAGCUGUGUGCAGUCACGGUGGGAAAGUAUGAGUAGCAGGCGCUGUGGUGCAAAUGCUGAAGUUACACAACGAAUUUAAGAGCAGAGAAUGACAGCAAGUGCUGGGUUUUUCUGAGCGUGUGUAUGGAAAGUAGCACCUCCUUGAUGGAAUGCACAUUUUUAGAACAGAAACCUUAUGCUACAAUAGAAAGAACAGCAGAGAGUCAGAAUUUCUACUUCUGACUCUGGCGAGGUCCUCAUCUAGCCUAAGGCUUUCUGCAAGCCCCGCUGCCCACUUGGGAGCUCAGUUUUGUCAGUAAUUAAUCUUGAGUCAUCUCUCAAGUCCCUAGCAGCAAUCAUUUAGCUUCCCUAACUCCCUGCCUGCCAUUGUUUUUUGUUAUUGGCUAAACUUUCUGUGUGGGGGCCAUAAACAAUUCCUGGAGAAGAGAACUAAGGGCACACUUGCAGAGUGACCCCAAUCAAAGCUUUAACAAAAAUAACACAACAAAAUGGGGUCCCACUAAAAUCUUUUUGAUGGGGAAAAAACAAGCCUCAGUUUGUAGCCAUACGUUUUAGUAUGUACUUCCGUGGAACACAUGCCUCCGUGCUACAGUUUACAUUGAAAAUAAUAAGCUUCUUUUGGGCGGUGAUAAUACACACCUUUAAUCCCAGCACUCGGGAGGCACAGGCAGGUGGAUCUCUGAGUUCAGGGCCAGCCUGGUCUACAGAGUUGAGUUCUAGGACAGCCAUAGCUACAUAUAGAAAGGAACCUUAUCUUGAAAGACAAAAUAAUAAUAAUAAUAAUAAUAAUAAUAAUAAUAAUAAUAAAUAUGCUCACAGUGAAAUAAACUCCACGCUUUUCUCUCAUCAGGUUGGUCUUUGAAUGAAUUUUGCCCAGGACAGAACUUUCAUUCAAAGAGGAAAUUAAUAGAAAAGGAAAACCAUGAGAAACAGAUAAACAAGGCAUUUGUGUCCUGAAGAAGCCAUAGAAAUAACCGUGGAGUGAAAGCAGGGUAGACGCCGGGGAAAAAUCGGACUUAGUGUGAUAUUUUUGUCACAAAAGUCUUCAAGAGGAAGAAAGUACACGCUCUUCCAGAGAAUGGAGGAGUGCAGCGUAAAAGCGGGGGAGACUGUGGCUUCUGAGAUUCAAGUAGAAACUAAGGGUGAGAAGGGGCCGGUAGCAGUUAGUCCUCAGGAGGAGAGGCAAGAGAGAAAAACGGCUACACUCUGCUUCAAGAGAAGGAAGAAAGCAAACAAGAUGAAGCCCAAGGCUGAUUCCAAGACUGUUGAGGUGACAAAGAAGCGUCCCCCAGAAGCUGGGGAUUCUGGUCAGUCGCAGCCAGCGGGGGCCUGGGCCUCCCUCAAACGCCUUGUGACACACAGGAAAAGGUCCGGGUCUUCAAAGAAGCUGAAGCUAUCCGAGCCUGAAGAGCCUGAGGAUGUGGCCCUUCCUAAGAAAAAAGCAAAAUCCAGACUUAAGAUUCCUUGCAUAAGAUUCUCAAAAGGGGCAAAGAGAAGUCGUCAUUCCAAACUCACGGAAGACUCAGGCUACGUCAGAGUCCAGGGAGAGGCUGAUGAUUUGGAGACAAAAGCCCAGACCCAGCUGGCUGACCAGGCAAUCCAGGCUAAGUCCACCCAGGAAGGUGUGUUGGCAGAAGCUGGUAAGGAGAUCCGAGAAUCGCAUGUAAGCAACAGCGUCACGUCGGGGGAGAAUGUGAUUUCCGUACAACUGGAAUUAGAAAAUGAGUCUUCUGCUAUUCAGAUGGGCACCCCGGGGCUUGAAACAGAAACUAAAGUGAUUAAGGAAACGCAGCAUGUACAGGCGCAGCGAGCAAGUUCAGAAGCAGGCAGCCCGAGACCAGUGGCUUCUGCUGCUCCUCCCUCACCAGCAACCGCACAUCGGUGCAGUGUGGGAGAGCCCAGUGAGGACACCCAAGAAAGCGCAAAAGAUGAGAGAAGCAGAAAGAGUGCUGCUGAAGAAAAGAAAUCAGGAGGAAUUGUGCUGAGCCAGGCAGAGGAAACUGCCGUCAGCCGAGCAGAGGAAGCCACAGUUGGCCAGGCAGAGGAAGCCACAGUCGGCCAGGCAGAGGAAACUACAGUGGGCCAAAUAAGGGAAGUUACAGUUGGCCAGGUGGAGAAAACUUCAGUGGGCCAAGCGAUGAAAAUUACAGUCAGCCAGGCAGAGGCAGCUACAGUUGGCCAGGCAGAGGCAGCCACAGUAGCACAGGCAGAAGAAGCUACAGUUGGCCAGGCAGAGGCAGCUACAGUAGCACAGGCAGAGGCAGCUACAGUAGCACAGGCAGAGGCAGCUACAGUAGCACAGGCAGAGGAAGCUACAGUUGGCCAGGCAGAGGCAGCUACAGUAGCAAAGGCAGAGGCAGCUACAGUACCACAGGCAGAGGAAGCUACAGUUGGCCAGGCAGAGGCAGCUACAGUAGCAAAGGCAGAGGCAGCUACAGUUGGCCAGGCAGAGGCAGCUACAGUAACACAGGCAGAGGAAGCUACAGUUGGCCAGGCAGAGGAAGCUACAGUAGCACAGGCAGAGGAAGCUACAGUAGCACAGGCAGAGGCAGGUACAGUUGGCCAGGCAGAGGAAGCUAUAGUUAGCCAGGCAGAAGAAGAAACAGUGGCCCAGACAGAGGAAGACACAGUGCAGACAGAGGAAGCUACAGUUGGCCAGGAGGAGGAAGACAUAAUGGCCCAGGCAGAGGCAGCUACAGUCAGCCAGGCAGAGAAAUACACAGUGCAGGCAGAGGAAGACACAGGGGCCCAAGCAGAGGAAGACACAGAGCAGACAGAGGAAGACACAGUGCAGGCAGAGGAAGCUACAGUCGGCCAGGCAGAGGAAGACACAUUGCAGGCAGAGGAAGCUGCAAUAAGCCGGGGACCAGAUCUGAAAGAAAAUGGACUUGAUACAGAGAAACCCAGAUCAGAAGAAAGCAAAAGAAUGGAGCCAAUUGCUAUUAUCAUUACAGACACUGAAAUCAGUGAAUUUGAUGUUAAGAAAUCUAAAAAUGUCCCUAAACAAUUCCUAAUUUCAAUGGAAAGUGAGCAAGUAGGGGUUUUUGCUAAUGACAGUGAUUUCGAGGGGAGAACUUCAGAACAAUACGAAACGCUCUUAAUAGAAACAGCUUCUUCUCUCGUCAAGAACGCCAUCGAGUUGUCUGUAGAGCAGCUGGUUAAUGAAAUGGUCUCUGAGGAUGAUAAGAUAAAUACUCUGCUACAAUGACUUCAUUUCCAGACCGCACGAAGAGGGGGAAAACAACCUUUAAAGACGGAUUCUUUUCUACAUUUGUGGCACUUCUUUCUCAGUAACAAAUUAGAGGCUUACCAUCUGCAGGAUCUCAAGGUGCGAGUCCAGCCCAGAAGUGCCAAAGAAUAAAUGAAGUUUGUAAAACCCUGUCCCUGGAACACAGUUCUGGACUGGGGGCAGUCAGCAUAGAUCACAGGGCGCAGUGACAUGCAGGGAGGAGUGGGAAAGGCUUGUGAUGAGCCCAGCGCUCUGAAGAAGACUAUUUCUUGAGCACUUGGUAUGCUAGAUGUCCCUACUGUUCCCUAAUGUCACAAAGGUUGGGUUUUGUUUUUUGUUUUUGUUUUUGUUUUCCUGAUGGUUCGACCCUGUGUAUAGGUGAACACUGCAUCCGCUUUUCUUUUCUUGUUCCUGUUGUGUCUGACGGUGAAUCACGUGAGUGGGGUUCUGGUCCUGAACAAGUUCCCUACAAAAGCCAUUCACAGAUUCCUUCUGCCAGGCGAAUAGUUACAAGUGUAUAAGCGUGGAAAUGGAGUGUUUUCUCUCUCCAUCUUACUUCUGCCCAGCAGACCUGUCUAUACCCAUCUGUGGGUGGACCUGUAUGCUGAGAAGUCAAAAGGGAAAUAGUAUUUUUUUAUCCAGAAGGCAAACUUCCCAGAUAGCAGAGCUAUCUCCCCCUAGCAGAGUUACUUUUUUUUUUUUUUUUUUUUUUUUGAGACAGGGUUUCUCUCUGUAACCCCUGGCUGUCCUGGAACUUGCUCUACAGACCAGGCUAUGUGACAGCUAAUUACAAAAGAUGCAGGACAGAUAGAUGGCCGGAUGGCUGUUGAAGAGCAUCCUUUUUAGGCCUGAGCACCACUGCCUCCUGAGCACUGGGGUUAAAGGCCGCUCCCCAUCAAGCCCCCCUGGUUUUCAUCUGCUCUGCGCUUACACUGUGUUUAUGAACUGUGUACGUGUUCACUGCUUCUUCCUAUAUUUUCUCUCUAUAAAUACAUACUGGGAUCGAGUACAGAAGUAACUAACGAGGCUUUGGAAUUUAACCAAGUGGUGGAUGUUUAGCAAUAUUCUUGGCUGGAAUGUGAAAAUAUUUCCUUCAGGCUUGCCUAUCUUCUUCGUGUGUUUAAUGGGUGGUGGGGAGCUCAUUCAGUUUAGCUAGACAAAAACACGUGGUCCCCUCAAUAAAUUUCUUUUCCUUGUGUCCCCUUUUCACAUAAAACCAAGAGUCACUGAUAAAUCCUCUUUAAAAUCACCCUAACCCACUGUAUAUGGUGCUAAUAGACUUGUAUACAUAGCUACCAGCAAAUAUGUUUAAAAACGAAAAGUUUUAAAAGCCUGGUUAAAGUUGGUGCACUUUGCAGUAUUUUAAAUAAUCCUGUAUCUACUUACUUAUAAGGAUGGCUCCAAGACAAUAUACUUGCAUUAAAGUUUCUAACAAUCUCUUAUGAGUGAGUAAAAUCUAUAAAAUACACAGCUGUUAGCACUUAUUGAAGGCGUUUGGAUUAGGUAGAAAGUGUGUGCUCUUGGGGGUAAGAAAGCAGCCUCAGGUUUCAGGUUUGCGGGAGGGGUGUUAGAUCACCACGCCUUUGGUCAGAAUGCAUUCGAAUUGAUUGGUUUAUAUAAGAAAAUAUAUUCUCCUUCAUUCUUAAAAUGGUUUCUCUGGCUUUUCUGAGGACUUAAAUAAACAAUUUCCAUCUGUAAACAGAAUGCAGAAAUUUGUUACCGGGUUGCAACCUAAUAUAUCUGCUCUAUGGCCAAAUUACAGUGAAUUUUAAGGUGAGCCGAACCAGAGAGCUGGCUUGUAAGUCUGCAUAAAAUAUUUUUUUAUAGGAUGUACUUCAGGCAAUUUGACCUUCUAUGCAGAGCAUGUAGAAAGAUUCUGACUCCAUUUACACUCCUUUGGCCUCAAACUGACCAGAUUAAAGGUAUCAAUUUAUGGCACUCACAUUAAUUUUAAUUGAAAUCUGCCUCUAAUGUACAUUUAUUAGCUAGAAUCAACUUUCUUUUUGAACUCAGAAUUUCCUAAGGCUGGGGGCGUCAAUCAGAUACUGGAUGAUCUUUCAGUAUAUUAUCUUCACCCUCUUAAGAGCUGAGUAUUAUUCAUUCCGCUCCUUACAACACAGGGAAUAUAAGCACUUGCCAAAAUUGUGUGUGUGUGUGUGUGUGUGUGUGUGUGUGUGUGUGCGCGCGUGUGUGCGCGCGCGUGUGCCUGUGUGUGUGUCACUAUUCACUUAACAUUUUUUUUCAAAGCCCUUUUUAGGAUAUUAAAAAUAGUACCCAGUAACAUUUAAGUAAAGGUAGCAGAAAACAAAAGAACUUUCCAACAGAAAUCAUGUUCCCUGCCACCUCCUCCACCUCCAGGAAUAAUCAGCACGUGGCAUAUAUGAAGCUCUUCAGAAAAGCUGUCUGCAUAAUUUUCCUCCCAGGCAAUGGGCUUGACAGCGUGAAGAUGGCGGUGCUCUUAACUGAUCUACUAUUUAGUGGCAUCUUAGACAGGGCUUUACUUCUGAGAGAUGAUGCAGCCUCACCAAUGCGAGGCUUCUUGCUAGAGGCGACUUAGUGGGCGUGGCCUGUGAGAAGGCCAAGGGGCCAGCCCUGCCCGUAGGCACCACCCAGAGUUCAUUUCAUUCUGCAAAUGUCUGAUUUCCAGCAGAAUUUUCUAGGGGUUUGUGGCAGAACUUUUGAAACAAUUGUUAUACUUUCAAACCCUGUUGUUUGAUCGCUUAGCCAGCUUGACUCAGUAAGUAGUAUGCUUUCUAGUUUAAUACUAAACACAGCAGGAUUUGACUUUUCUGCCUGCCAUUUGUGUAUCUUUUAAAUAUCUUCAUUUAAGCUGUAGAGUUCUUUAGGUUCGAAUUCCUGUUUUACCGUGUAGCAAAGUUUCUUAUAUCGAAUUGAAACUUUCAGUCCAUUCUGCAUUUUUAUCACACCCUUUUAAAAGGAAUUUUCAUAAUGAUCCUUGAUGACAAAAAUUUAUUAGAACGAAUCUACACAAAGUAUGGGCGCCCCAAUUAAGUUAGAGUCAUCCCUGAUAACAGGACCUCCCACAGCUCAUCCUGGGUAGGGUGUGUGUGUGUGUGUGUGUGUGUGUGUGUGUGUGUGUGUGUGUAUGUGUGUGUGUGUGUGUUGGGGGCAAAGGAGGUGGUAACAGACGCCAGGACGGGGUAAGAUAGAGCCAAUGCUGAAAGAUAAGUGCCAAACAGGGACAUUUGGGAUGGGGAAGCUGGAAUCUAACUACAGGGGCGGUCUGAACAUAAACAGUGAACCCAUUCUGAUGUGUGCCCCUGUGCAGGAAAAGGCCUGCGCGAGGCCACACGUCAGUUCUUCUCCCAUAGAAAUGCUGUGUGGAUGAGCCACUAUAAACGUAAGAGCACCGUUUUGUAUUCUCACUAAAAUUAGUAUUACUGUGAAUCAAAGGCUAAUACUAAAGAAAUAAUACUCUGUAGAGAAAAGGUUUUCAAGCUAAAUUAAUUCAUGUACCGACGAAUACAGAAUAAAUGUUAUAUUAACUCA